CAAACACCGACGUCCCCACACACACACACACACACACACACACACAUAAAAGGCACACUCAUCUGUGAGUGUGCGCCAGCGUCUAUUCAGAGACGAUGAUCACCAACUCACCACAAACUGUACACGCGGAACAAUCUGCGUCCCCCCCUCGCAUAGAAAUAAUAGCAUGAUAUCAAUCUGGAUAAUUUCAAAGUCAUAAUUAAGGUCAAAUGCCGUCUGAAAGGUCACGGGAUUGCGCUACGUGCUACUUUCGACACUUCUAAAAAUCUUUGUGCAGCAUUGGCAAAACUUCCGCCGGGGGUUUUGAUGCGUCCCUCUCGCCGCCAAAUCCGCCCGGGCUGUGUCUGUGUUUUUCUAUUUCUGUCUCCAUGGCGACCGCGGGCGCAGAUAGGUGCCGUGGCAACCGUGCCCCUGGAAUCUUGGUCGCGGGCUCUAGCAGCUGUAUUUACCGAUGAGUUCACCCGCCGGGAUAGACACUAAAACCCGCCAGGCUCCAUCUUUCCUCGUUCCGUGUGUGUGUGUGUGUGUGUGUGUGUGUGUGUCAACCCGCUUGCUUGCUGGGUUGGCGUGUAUGUUGGACGCAUGUAUUUGGGUGAUACUCCCUCCCGGAGUCCGUGGAAAGGGCAGCGGACAAACACAAUGCCAGCGGAACUGGCGCAUCACACAGAAAGAGACGGAAGACUUUGGGACGGACCACGUCUGGAGGGGGCGUGUCACAGGACAACUGGCAGUUGUUCACCUUCCUAUCGCCGUGUCACAUGCUCGCCGCUGCAGACGGAGCAGGACAACAACACAGAUGGAGCGAGCUCGACUACGGACGUGCACUUUUCUCUCUUCUCCACUUUUGUCUCCUUUCUUUACCCCUCAUUACUUGCUUCUUGCUUUUAACAUCUCAUUACCCUGCUAAUGAUUCUCCUUUUUGUCAAGCAGCUUGGCGACUACGUCUUUUUCGACUACACUCAUUUUCCAAUGCUUUCUGCUUUUAAUGUUUCACCCCGACAUCCCCCUAUUAAAGCUGCUUCCUUUCACCUUCCCGACUAAGAUCCUUCCCUAACCCUUCCCCCUCCAUCUAACCUAUGCUCUUUCACCUCCUGUCUUCUGGAUGGAUAGCUACUCCGUCCUCUACAGUUCCUCCCACAGAACCGGACUUCUCUCCGGCUUCCAGCGGCUGCGCUCUGAGCGGAGGAUGUGCGACGUCGUCCUGGAGGCCGGCGGCGUAUCCUUCCCCUGUCACCGUGCCCUCUUGGCCAGCUCCAGCGAAUAUUUUUGGGCUCUGUUUGGAGAGACUACCGCAGAGAGAUUAGCUGCUUCCAUUAGCCUCCCGGCGCUAAAAGCACAGGGCUUAGACGCCAUCCUGGACUUCCUGUACUCGGGCUGGCUCAGCAUAUCGCCCUCCACAAUUUCUGCCGUCCUGGAGGCAGCCAGGUACCUGCAAGUGGAGACGGCUGUGGCGAUAUGCGAGCGCUUUAUGAUUGACAGUUUAAGCGGCGAAAACUGCUGUUGCUAUGCCAACCUGGCCGAACGCCACGCACUGUCAAACGCACUUGAGGCUGCCAAUCAAACUAUUGCCAUGGAGAUGGGAGCAUUGCUGCAGGCGAGGAAGAAUGACCUCCUCGACCUGAACGUCCAGUCACUGAUGGCGGUGCUCGACGCCGACGAGAUACCUGGCGUCAAGGAGGUGCGGCUCAUAGAGCUGGCUUUGGAUUGGCUGGAUGACAACGGACCCCUCCCACUGCUGAAAUCAAAUCUUCUGCUGAGUCGCCUGCGCUUCGGAUUGGUCUGCGCUCCUGAUCUCACCAAACUCGAUCACAGGGCCAUGUCCACACCUUUGAUCAGGAGUCAGCUGACUCGAGCCGCCGAGUACCACAGGAUGGGUUCGGCUCAGCCAAUCAGACAGAACAGGCAGUCGACACUCAGAGCGUCGCCCAAUCGGGUGCUGCUCGUGGGCGGAGGGUCCGGUGCCCAUUGGCCAGAACAGCAGUUGUUGGCGUUUGAUCCGGGCAGCAAGAAGUUUUCGUCGCUGAGCUCCUGCGUCCCGCUGCGACUGAGGAAUCAUUGCGUGUGCUCGGUCGGAGGUUUCCUCUUCGUGAUCGGAGGAGAGGAAGUGAAAGAGGGAGAUGCGGAGGGAAAAAAGUCCGUCACCACAUCAACGUCCAACCAAGUGUGGAGGUACGAUCCUCGCUUCGACCGCUGGGAGCGGGUGGAGUCCAUGCUGGAGAGAAGGGCGCAGUUCAGCUGCUGCGUGGCGGAGGAGGUUAUUUUUGCCAUCGGGGGACGACACACACGACCGGACGCCGACACACACACCUCGGUAGCUUCUGUCGAAUUUUAUGACAUGACCACGGGUGCGUGGAGGAAAGGAGCGACGAUGCCUCGGCCCCUUUACGGCCACGCGUCGGCCGAGCUCGACAACGGUAUCUAUGUGUCAGGUGGUCUCCCGGGCAACCGGGGCACCAUCCAUGGCAGUAACCACGGUGAUAACCAUGAUGAAAACAGGGAGAGCAGCAGAGAGGUGCUGUAUUGGGACCUCAAAAGUAGAGUUUGGGAAAAGAGGGCGUCCAUGUCCAUCGCCAGGUUCAGUCACCGCUUGGCAACUGCCCACGGCUACAUCUACGCCCUGUUGGGCAUGUACGAGCCUUUCUGCGACAUAGAACGAUACGACUCGCGGUCGGACCACUGGACACGCCUCCGGCCGCUUCUCAUCGGCUCCUUCAACUACGGGAUGGUCACAACGCCGUGCGGGAACCUUCUGGUAUUCGGUGGGCGCAGAUGGAGCGACGGACAGGAGGUGAUCGUGAGGAGUGUGUUGGAGUACGACACUAAGAAAGACCACUGGAGGGAAAUCUGCCAGCUCCCCAGACCUCUCACUGGGACUGAGUGCACACUGCUUCCCCUGCCAGACUAAAGUGUUCAGAGUGUGAGGAAAUAUUUAACAGUGAUAUAGUCCAACUACUUCACCUAACAUAUGUGCAAUAAUCUCAAAAUGCUGAGCACAUAUGACAAAAUAACAACGUGAUGAAUCGUAAUUUGGACUAAUGGGUUUCAGACUUUGUAUUGGGGAAUGAAUCUGGAUCGAUACUAAAUGUUUACCACCACCUCAGCCUUUACUUGCUAAAUCAUUUUCAUCCUAUUUUUAUCAUACUAUAAAAGUGAAUUUAAAACAUGCAAAGUUUCCGUCACCUGCUCUGUAGCCUACUACUACUGAAUUAUAAAGUUUGAUCUUUUAAUAAAUGCGCUCAAAUGCGCUUUCGUGCCAAGAAGAUAUCAACACCCCUCGUGACUCUACUGCAAACAGAAGCUAGAACCAAAAGACAGUUAGCUUAGCAUAAAACACAUAUUCCUCUGUCAAAGAACAAUUUUGUCAUUUUUACUUCUGCUUUUGUUCAGAUCAAACAAAAUAAGAUUGUGUUAAUUAGAUUAAUCUUUUUCCCCACAACAGAGCUAAGUAAGCCAUUUGUCCUUGUCUUUAUGCUAAGCUAAACUGCUCCACUACUGUAUCCUUAUAGGAGUAGAGCAACGUAUGGGGAAAUACUCUUAGAUAUAUGUGGGUUUAAAUAUGAAGCUAGAAGCAAGGGAUGCUAGCUCCCUAAGGAAAUUACAACUAACUGUUUUUACACUUUUGUUUUUAUGAGUAACUUAUGCAGGUUUUUAACCGCAGUACGUAGCCAGGCUAGCAGUCUUUAAGCUAGUCCUAGCUUACACAGAAUGCAAGAGCGCAAGUAGCUCCCAGAAUUUCAAGAAAAUGUACUAAAAAGACAAAGAUAGAGCGGAUUGGCAGAGGGAUCCUUGAAAAGAUUUGUUUUCAGGAAGAGGCCGAGUCGACCGGCAGAGAAAGCUACAACACCGCCGGGGAAACAGAGACGACGUCAAAACAGGAGAUGAGCUGAUGAAGGAUGAUUUGAAAUGAAAACCACAGCAAAGCUGCAAGCUGAAUAUUUCAUAGACCUUUUAGAUAACAGUGGCUAUGCGUGUGUCAUUCCUGUUUAUUUGAUGAAUAAUUCAAGUUGCCUAUAAGAUACAGAAAUGGAAGCAAACCAAACAUAUUGAGUGACCUUCAUAUAUUUCUAGCGACAACCAAAUGGACAACAUGGGUUAAAGCUGCAGGGCAGGAGAAGCAUUUAGCCGCAAAUCAUGUGCAUGAUUUGCGGCUAAUGGCGAACCUGCUGGAGUUUGUUAUUCAGGGUCUUUUGUGCUUCGUCCAUUUAAUACCGAGCACAUUCUGUGCUGUGGGCAUAACACGUUUUAUUAUGUUUGAAGGUGGAAUUGUGUUCAAAGUGACUCGGAUGCUUCAUAAUACACUGUGGUAAUUAUUGUCAAUAAAAAAAAGAGUGUGCAUCUUUUUUUGCAGUGUACUGCUUCAAAACUUAUUCAUAAGAGGCAACUUACAA